ACACAGCACAGAGAUCCAACUAUGGCAACUACAACCACUGCCACCAUGACCAACUCUAAGGAGCAUCUGACUCUGAGCCACAAUCUCAGAAAGCCUCUGGUGGAAAAAUUACGAAGAGAGCGAAUCAACAGCAGCAUCGAGCAGCUCAACUCUCUCCUGGGUCCAGAGUUCCUCAAACAGCAGCCAGAGUCAAAGCUGGAGAAAGCAGACAUCCUGGAGAUGACAGUUUGCUUCCUGACCAAGCUGCUGCAGCAGAACCAGCAACAGAAAAAACAGCUGAACCGACUUAAAAACCCCAAGGCUAGUUUUGAUGCCAAUGAGGCUGAAGUUUCUCUGAGCUCCUCAGUUCACAGUAAAGAUGAAGAUCCAGAUCCUAAAGUUCUAUGGAGGCCUUGGUAG